CGUUACUUUUAUGAAACCGUUUCCUGUUUCAAAGUGACAGCAGCAACAAUGGGCGUGCUGCUCCGGCAGACAGAUCAAAGUUGAGUUCUGGUUGUCCGUCGUCGGUUUAUGGUCGUCAGAAAGCUGCAGUCAGCAGCAAACCGUGACCUUUGACCCGGACCUUAAACCCGCAGCCCGGCUCUCUGCUGACAUUUGUCCGGAGGACCGAGAUGAAGAGGAGGCUCCUGCUGGUGUCCAACUCCACGCUGCACGGCAGCGGAUACCUGGACCACUGUCAGCAGCAGAUCACCGACUUCUUCGGAAAGGAUGUGAGGAGAGUGCUGUUUGUUCCGUAUGCGCUCCAUGACAGAGACGCAUACACCAAGACGGCCAGGAACAAGUUCAAAACUCUGGGCUACGAGGUGGACAGCAUCCAUGAGGCUGCAGACCCGGUCGAAGCCGUCCGAAAGGCUGAGGGCAUCUUCAUAGGAGGAGGCAACACUUUCCGCCUGCUGAAGAGCCUUUACGACAGCAAGGUGGUGACGGAGAUCAGGAGGAGAGUGAUGGAGGACGGCGUCCCGUACAUGGGCUCCAGCGCCGGUACCAACGUGGCAACCAUCAGCAUCAGCACCACCAACGACAUGCCCAUCGUCUACCCGCUGACCUUUGCCGCCAUCGGCCUCGUUCCCUUCAACAUCAACCCUCACUACCUGGACCACGACUCCAGCAGCCGCCACAUGGGGGAGACCCGAGAACAGAGGAUCACUCAGUACCACGAGGAAGCAGACACUCCGAGUGUGCUGGGUCUGAGAGAGGGCUGCAUGCUGCUGGUGGAGGGAGACAAAGCCACGCUGCUGGGAAGCACAAAGGCUCGACUUUUCACCAGGGGGAAGCCGACAGUGGAGUACGAUCCAGGCAGCGACCUCAGCUUCCUCCUCACAGACGCACACUGACCAAUCACAGAGCAGGGUGAUGAACAAACAUCUGAUCUUCUCCUUUAAGAUCACACAGUCAAAUGUGAACAGAUCGUUUUAUUUCAUUUUGAAAAGGUGAAAUCAUUGUUUUAAGUGAAAGAAUACAGACAUCAGAAACAGCAUUUCCUCCAGACGAAGUGAAGUUAAUAAAGCCCUCAGCCACACCGAA